GAAGUACUGUUGUUCCCUGCCAUGAAGCCUAUUGAGACAGCUGCCAAUACAAGCGGAAAGGAGCCUGGCCCUGCUGGGCAGUUGUAGAGCCUUUGAGGACACCCAAAAGUAGACGAUAUCGCGAUGGAUAGAAUAUAUAGUCGUAUGUCUUGCUUGAACUUGAGGCAGAGUAAUGGUUCGCCCCAAAGUACCGACGUCGGCAUCAUCACUCGGCUCCGAAGUGAGGAAUAUUAUACAAUGUACGCGGUGCACGCAAAGCGUACUAACUUGUGCAGUCGUCAUCUAAAUCUAAAUACGAGCAUACAGUAGGCAACACCCCUAUGUAGUCCGCAUUGCGCAAGUUUCCUUCAGCCACUAUGUGUGGACGAUAUGCCUUAGGUUUGCAGCGCGCUGAAAUACGCGCUUUACCUGGAUACCCCAAUCUUGAAGUCGCUGAAUGGGUAAACGAAGAUAAUUUCAUAGUGAGUUCUGCUCUCAACACGAAGGCAAACCACAACAUACUCCCUGAAAUACAGCCCCGCCACAACAUUGCUCCCAACUCGCAGGCCCCCGUCAUUCGCAGGCGUAAUGAUUCUUCGCCAGAUCUUCAAAUGCAAACCAUGAGGUGGGGCAUCCCUUAUGGCAAGGUUCAUGCAAAAAAUCAACAAGCCAUAAAUGCGCGCUCGGAAAACAUCAUGGAAGGUGCAGGAAUGUGGAACAGGUACCGAGGUAGUAACCGCUGUAUCGUUGUUAGCCAGGGGUAUUACGAGUGGCAGACAAAGGGCAAGGACAAGCUUCCUCACUUCACGAAGCAUGCCGAUGGGAAGUUGAUGCUUAUGGCUGGAUUCUACCACGUCUCAGACGAAACCAUUCCAACGUCCGUUUUUGCAAUAAUUACAACGAGCGCCAGCAAAUCACUUAGCUGGCUGCACGACCGUCAACCCGUCAUUCUUACGUCCCACGCCGACAUCACUAAGUGGCUCGAUACUAGUUCGCAUGCUUGGUCCGCCGAACUUGGCAAACUGUUACAGUCGGCUGAGGGUCUGAUGUGCUAUCAAGUUCCAAAAGAAGUCGGAAAAGUUGGUGCGGAGUCUCCCGCAUUUGUUCAGCCCGUUGCAACACGCAAAGACGGUAUCGAGGCCAUGUUUGCAAAGCAGCGCACCAAACAGGAGAAUAAGCAGAGUAUCAAGCGCAAGCGUAGCGUGUCUCCAGUCCUAUCGUCAAUGCAAUUCGAAGCAGCCACAAAGGAGGAUGAGACCAAGGGUAAAAAGCCCAAAGUCGAAUAACUUGUUGCACACGCAUCUCGUCUCUAGCACUUGCUUUGAAGGUCUGAAGUUAUUUGCUAUUGAUUAUGGUCGUAAUCUGGGGUAGACUAUGUUUGCCGUUUCGUUUGUUGUUGGAAAUAACGCGCACAGCAAACUCUGGAAAGAGCAGUAUAAGUCGACCAUGUGCAAACGGAUCCGUGCGAAGGUCAAGCGCCGCACGCCAGAGUAACCGGGGAGGCCCUGGGAGCCAUUAAAAGUCG